UCUUUCUUUUUCAUUUGCUCUUUCGCUCUCUUUUCAAUUCUGUACAUUUCCCUCACAAAAUUCCUUCUUCAGUCUUCCAUUUCUAUCCCUCGCUGUCCGAAACUCAAACCUGCCCAGUUUCAGUUUUCUUGAUCGGUUGGAGUUUUGGGUCUGGUUCUUGCACAGUGAAGCUGGUGGCAGCGUGGGGAAGGAGGAAAGUAGUAAAGCGAAUGGAGGGUGUUUGAGCACAGCACUAACAGAGGAGGGGUUGAAUGAAGCGCAGAGGAGAGGACCGAAAGUAGCAACAGAAUCUGAAAUGGAAUUCCCUUUGAGAGGUUGCUGGUAGUUCAGACCAGGGGAGUUAUCUGUCAUCUACUGUGGGAUUUUUUUUCUUGUUCUUGUCAUGGAGAUUGACAUUAGUGAGAAGGAUAAGCUUGAGCAGGAGAAAGGGAAUGACGAUAACUCUAUGACCUAUCAAUCACCUGGUAGUUUAACUUCAGACUGGCAUUUUACUGGUGCUAAUGUAACUACUUCAGCCCUCAGUUUGGUUCCUAGCGAUGACGGUCAGAUGAAUGCUUGUAGAGGAGAUUUAGUUGGUGUAGCUUCUUGCUCAUCUGCCACCAUGGAAGAAUCAUUUGCUCCACCUGGUCUGUGGGAUCACCAAACUAGUUCACAGAACACUGGGUUUUGUGACAUCAGUGUAGGCACAGGAACUCCGGUAGGGAUUGUAACUGGUGGUCCUGUCUCUUUGAGAAGCAGUAUCGAUGGAGCUCUGCGUAUGGGUUGGAAUCCACCUAGUUCAGUGUUAAGGAGCGGUAUUUUCUUGCCCAAUGCCCAUGGAAUACUUCCCCCAAGCUUGUGUCAGUUUCCAGCCGAUCCUGCUUUCAUUGAGAGAGCCGCCAGGUUUUCAUGCUUCAACAGUGGAAAUAUUUGUGACAUGGCUCACCCUUUUGGAAUGUCCGAAGUUAUGGGUCUUUACUCUAGGGGAGGGGGAAUGAUGCAGGGGCUGCAGGAGCUAUCCUUAGCUCAGAAGAAUAUGAUGCAUGGAGUGGGAUGUUCUAGAGAAGCAAGGGAUGCUUCUUUACACAUGGAUCAUGCGAAACCUGAAGAAAGCCCACUUGAGAGUGACAGAAAAAGUGAGAGCCUUGUAAGAUCUCAGGAUGAAGUAAAACUAGGUUUGGAUAGGUCUGGUGUUGACUCUGAUGAAGCUGAAUUUAGCGGUGGGGACCAAGAUGAUGCCACUAUGUUGGCGGCAAAUGGUGGAAAGUUAUAUGCUAAGGGCCUUAACUCAAAGAAAAGAAAGCGAAAUGGGCAGGACACCGAGCAUGAUCCAGGCAAGGUAAGCCAGCAAUCUGCAGGAGUUACUACGGAUGACCCUGAAGUUCAACGUAAGGGUGGUAAAAAUCUGACUUCCACAACUAACAAGACUUCUGGAAAGAAUGCGAAACAAGGAUCUCAAGCUUCUGAUCCGGCAAAAGAAGAAUAUAUUCAUGUUAGAGCUCGAAGAGGACAGGCAACUAACAGUCAUAGUCUUGCAGAGAGAGUGAGAAGGGAGAAGAUCAGUGAAAGAAUGAAGUUUCUGCAGGACCUUGUACCUGGUUGCAACAAGGUGACGGGCAAGGCAGUGAUGUUGGAUGAAAUUAUUAACUAUGUACAAUCACUACAGCGGCAGGUGGAGUUUUUGUCAAUGAAGCUUGCAACAGUGAAUCCGAGGAUGGAUUUUAACCUGGAAGGGCUUCUAGCAAAAGAUGUGAGUGACUGUAAGAUCCUAACAUCAAGAGCUGUUCCUUCAGCUAGUCUGCCCUUUUCACCAGACUUGCCUAUGUCUUAUGCUCCAUUACAUCCAUCUCAAUCAGGACUUGUUCCAGCUGGUUUUCCUGCCAUGGAGAAUCAUUCUGACACCCUUCGGCGAACUAUUGGUUCUCAGUUGACUUCUACAAGUGGAGAAUUUAAAGAGUCUGCUCAUCUACCAGAUUCCUGGAACAAUGAGCUGCACAAUGUUAUACAGAUGUAUGGGAGCAGUGGACCUCAAGAUAGCCAAGAGUUAACUGGGCCAGUUGCGGCAAGCAAUAUGAAGGAUGAACCUUGAUUUUUCGUCCUGGUUCUAAUGCAGCGCGGCUACUAGUAUAUCAUUUCUUGAACAGCAGGGAUCUAGAGGACUAUGAAGAUUCGGGACGCAAAGGGAAGGAAAGGAAUGAUGAAUGAUGGAAGUUGGAAGAAGUGUACAGAUAGGAUGGUGGUGGUGGAGGAUAGUGGAUGGUGGAAUCAGAGGUCGUGUAAACUACUAUCAUGAAUAUGUAUGUAUGAUAUAAGCACUGGAAAGACAUGGUCGUCUGGGUCUUCCCUCCCAUUCUUUUGUGUGCAAAUUGCAUAUAAACACAAAAUUGCACAAGCAUUCUGUUUCUUGACAUCUGCGUUAGUUUUUCCCUUUCUACUUUUUAAACCCAAGCAGGUGAACAUUUCGACUUGUUUGUUUCUUUCAGUCUAGUUUACCUCAUCUGGAACCGGUGGUUUCACUGAUGGAAUGUGUUCAUGAACUGUAUAUUUGGAAAGGUGACAGGCAAGUUAUUGCUUGUUUGUUUCUUGAGUAGAAGGAAAUUGGACAGUG